AUGUCGCACAACACCACCCUCUCCGAUACCAACUCCCACGGGUACUUCUGCCAGGGAGUACGCACCAACGGCAGACCCUGCGGAAGCCGCAUCAGCGAGGAGAGAUGGGUCCGAUACAAAGUCCAGUACUGCUUUUACCACGAGGACCAGGCGACUGAGACGACGGUUCCUCUCGCGGAGUACCAAGCGCUCGAGGCUCAGCUUGCAGACACCAAGGAUCAGCUCGCAGACACUGCGACUCGGCUCGCAGACACCGAGACUCGACUUGAGCAGCAGAAGGACCGGAUGGCGGCCACCGACGAGCACUGCGAUCAGCUCGUGGAUCAGCUUGAAGGGGCCAGAGAGGAGAACCAGGGACUUCGAAGGCUGGUGCUGGAGGUGGGCGGCGCGAACAAGAAGCUCGCCAAGCUAAACCAGAAGCAAAAGAACCAGCACAGUCUGAAUGAGCAGAGGCAUCAGACCCAACAUGUCGCAGCUCAAGAGAAGAUGAGGGAGGACCAUGCGGCAGCCGAGCAGAAGACGAAGGAGGAGUUUGCCGCAACCGAGAAGAGGCUCAGCGACCAGCAUCAUGCCGAGCUGAUGGCGCUGAGGCAAGAGAUGGAUGCGCUGCGCACGGAAAACCAGAUGCGCCGCUAUGUGUGCGACAGGCUGCAGGAGACGAACGAUCGUCUGGUUCGCGACCUUACGAACACCAGGUCGGCUCUGGCUGACGCCGAAAAGAAUGUCGCUCAGCAAGCAGAGAGCAACAGUGAAGUGGACGAGGUCUGCAGCAAGAUGUCUGAAGCCAGCAUCGCCACCGAGGCGGACGAUCUUGCUGAGGCUAGCGACACCACCAACGCUUGA